AUGGGAUACAAAAUAAGAAAUAAAUCAAUAUUUUGGACUAGAGGUGGAUGGAAAAAUAAUUGGCAUCCUAAAAACUUUAAUACUCCCAGACCUUCCGAUGGAGAAAUGACUGUAGCAAUUAGAUGUAGAUAUGACCAUCAUUCAUUUUUAAGAAUGCACCAAACUUACAGAAAUAUGUCUAGACAUUGCAAAUAAUAUUUCUUAGGUGAUAAAUAACUUGAAGAAAUAUUUAUUUUAGGUUUACGUUCAUUUUUUUAUAUUCCAUAUGAUUCUUAAACCCCAACUGAUUUGAUUAAGCAUGGUGGUGAAAGAAGAUUUGUCGAUUAAUAUGAUAGAGAUUUUGAAUUAAUGUCAUAUAAUCAACAUCCUUAUUAACUUUUUACUUACUAAGUAAGAAAUGAGCAUCUUGAAUGGAAGAACUAAUAAUAUUAAUAAAUCUAAAAAGGAGAAAAUACAUAUGAAUAAGAAAUUUUAAAUCAUCUUGACAAUUUAAUUAACACUGAAAGAUCAAAUUUAAGAGAUGGAUAAAGAUUAUCUAUUGAAAGAAUGACUGAAAUUGUGCUACAAGUUUUCAGAUAAGCAAGAGCUGGAUAAACUAGACCUGCUUAAGAUUCAAGAGGACCUGAUGGAAAUAUAAACGAUUAUUUGGAAUAAAGAAGACCUUUUGCUCAUCCUAAUAUUUCAGGUGUUACCCAUUGAUAUUUUUAUUUUUUAUUAUCAUUUUAUAUAUAAAUUAAAAUAAUAUUUAAUAAAUUUUAGAAUAAAUAAAAAUAAAUAUUAUC